UUGGUGUGACUUGAAUGGAACGGGAAGUGCUUCGUUCAGCUUCGUACAGUUAUAAUCUGAAGUGGUUCGACGAAUUUACCCAGUUAAAAGACAGAUAGAUAAAAAAACAAAAAAUAAAUAAAUAAUAAAAAACAAUGGUUAGUGCGGAGAUACGGACAAGAAAGUUAUCCAGCAUCCUCAUGAACGCGGUCCUGCACUAGUGAUUCAACGGAAGGUGAAGGGAAAUCUGAUCUACCACUCCAAGGAUUCGGACUCGCACUGUUAAGGUGCGGUUUACAGUGAUUUGAAGAUUUUGUGUUACUGUCAGCAAUUUCACCAAUAUCAGAUAUAGACUAACCUAUAUUAAGUCAAGUCAGAAAUCUAUUUAAGUCAGACUUCAGAAGCAAGGGCUCACGUUUAUGAGGUUGCUCAUUGUUUCGAUGAACGUGACCACCCUUAGAAAUAAAAGGUAUUGUUUACCGAGUUUACCGGCGCCUCACGGGCUUAUGCAAUGCGAGACACGGACUCAAAUUAUUUGACAUUUCUGUGGCAAGCCAGUCCAUAUCAAAUUGUCAUUGAAUCAUAUCGAAUGAGGACAUGAUCGUUGAAACCGGAUACCUGCCGUGUCUCAAGAUUAAUAAUGAAGAGGUAAGAGGAGGCAUACCAACCACUGUGGCCACAUGCUGUUUUCUCCAAUCAAAAAAAGAGUUAUGACAGCUCAUGGCCUAUUGAACACAUUAGCACCUGUCACAUCGGUCCAGGCAAGGUCAUCGCUGCUUCCUCUCUUACUUCAUUCGACUGUUAAACAUUGAGUCCCGGCACUCUCCGCAUUCUACAAUGGAGAGCCUAAGUGAGCUUCAGAACCCUCUACUGGAUAAGAAUAGCAAGCAUAUGGUCAAGGCUGACUAUGGCUAUGGGGGCGACUUCCAGAGCAACCAGUAUCAGGAGAACAUUAUAAAUUACUUUGUGACUGGUGGAGGAGGUGGAGGUGGAGGGGUCGGUGGAGGUGGGGUUGGGGUCACAGGAGGAAAUGGCAAGGCGAAAGCCCAGCUACUGGACGCCACCUCACUACACCUAGCUGUGGAGGCAUUUUACAAGCCUAACUUCAUCCUUUACAAGGACGAUGGGAGCGGCAAGGGCAAGGAUUACAAAAACGAGUGCUGUGAGACCACCUUCAUGGAGAAGAAAGAGAAGGAAGUAAUGGUGGAGACCCCCACUACGGACGACCCACAAGCAAAACUGCUGGAUGAAAACAAUAUAAAAAUCCAGACGGUGUCGUACGAGGUAGAGGAAGAGGAAUAUGUAGAAUAUGAGACAGAUUGCUCCAGCGACAGUGAGAGUGAGGACAACUUCAUUGUCAUCCCUCCUCGUGAUCACCUGGGCCUUGCUAUCUUCUCCAUGCUCUGCUGCUUCUGGCCUCUGGGCAUUGCCGCUUUCUACUUUUCUCAGGGGACCAGCAAAGCCGUGACUAAAGGAGACUUCCCACUGGCUAGCAUUGCCUCAAGACGAGCCCUAUUCCUGGCCGCUCUCUCCAUCACCAUUGGGACCGGGGUAUACGUGGGCGUGGUGGUGGCCCUCAUUGCAUAUCUGUCCAAGCCAGGCCAAAUAUAGCAGGGCCAGGAAGGGGACUACAGGACUCCAUGAUAAUACACUACCGCCUGAACAUCUUUUUCUAAAUGUCGCUCUCAUUCUCAUCUCUCCCGCUGGACUGCCUGUCCACCCAAAUUAGAGAAAGGGAUGAAGCAGAAGACAAUGAACCGGAAGAACUGUGGAAUUUAUCACCUCAGUGAUUAUAUAUAAAUGUCACCACAUGUCACACCACAGCAGUUGCCCCACUGGAUAAAACAUUAACUUAAGUUUAGCUUAAGUCUGAGAGCUGUUCGGGUGAAGAAUACAAAUUAGAGAGACAAAUAAACAAUCCAAUUAACCAAACCCAAAGGGAAGCUAUUCCAAAGGACACCCAUAAGGAUCAAAAGAGACUAAGUGCCCUUGGAUUUAUUUUUCCCUUUCCAACUGUGCUUCAUUCCGAACCUUAAAGAGAAGCCAGUCUCUGUUCCUUUCUCAUUAUUUACUUAGUCUGUUAAACCCAGUCAAUGUGUGUGGCUCAAUUAAACCAGCGCUGCUGGAUACACCAACAGCUGUGGUCUUUACGAAAGAGCUCUGUUAAAACGGAUAGUAUACAGCAGGUAACGGCUAUGUUUCCUUAUCUGUUUGGAACAAAUGACACAGCUUUGUAUGUUAUAACAAGCAAAGGUGGAGUUCACUCUCAAGCCUAAGUGCUUAUGGUCUCAGUAUAGAACUACAAAAAUAAGAAUCAAAGACAAUGUAGUCCAGCUGUGUGAACUGAAAUUCAUCUGUGAAAUUCAGCUCCACUUUCACAUAACCUAUGCUGAUCUUUGUGCGGUUUUCUUUUGUUUAGGGCUCUACGCUUUUUGUUGUAAAUUCUAGUCUUUUGUUUUGUCCAAAGUCCAAAUCUGUCUUUUCCCAACACAGGCUAUGAGGUUUAUGUCAUGGUAGAAGAAAAGCCAAUAAGUAAACACAUGUGCUGAGAAUUCUGAGCAGUAGAAUGACAUCAAGAACAAGAAGCAUUUCUUUUAUAUCUGUAAGGAUCUUUGUUUGAAUUUACCAGUAUUUGAUGGUGUGAUUUCACACCCAAAUAUCUGAACUAAAAAUGAAUGCAAAGGUACUGAAUAUGAAACAACCUUAUACGAGACUUGUAUAGCUAUGUGUCCUCUUAGUCCCCAAAUGCAUUACCUAAUGUCUCUUAUGAUAUGAAGAUUCUUUUUAGACUUGAACAUGACUGAGAUGAACUGGCAAAACUCGAAACAGAUGUUGAGAAAAUGUACUUUGCUCAAAUUCUUAGAUGGACGUUUGAACAAAAAGGCAGGUUUUGGGCCUCAGAUUGAAUUGAUUAAUAAUGCAUUGCUUGUCUGUGGGCUUGUGGGCAAUGGUGCAUGAGAAUAAACUCACAGGGAAUAUAGUAUUAGGAGUUGACUGGUCCAUUGCAACACCAAUGGAGCUUGACUUUGGUGUAGUCAUCCACAUAAUAACUUCAAAACACACACACACACACACACACACACACACAAAUAGGGCUCAGGUGGCUGGGUGGUUUAAUAUUUGGUGUCUGGUUUGAAUCCCUGUGAUACAAGCCUUUGGAAGUUGGUAGAAAUUAAAUUGUAACCUCCUAAUUGCUUCAGCCCUCCCAUUUGGAUUUCUCACUUGCAGAUGGCAGGAUCUUGAAUAGCCUGGUUCUACACAAGUAAAAAAGAAGGUGGUACAAAGAGUAUAUGACUGACAUCAUGAUAAUUACAGGAUAGAGAUGUCUUGCUUUAACAUACCAAAAUGCUUUUUGAAUUCUGCUGGGACUAAUUUACAGGGACUUAAAGUGUGUGGAGAAUUGUUAAUUGAGAACUGAGUGCAAAAUGGUAUGCAAACUGUUAGUGGAUAUAACUGAUUGAUUUAAAAAAAAAAAAAAAAAAAAAAACUUUUUUUAUCUCAAAUAAAUUAAAAGCGAACAGAGAAAAAUUGCUUAGUAAAUUCUAUAGCUUUUUGCCAGUUGUGGAGUAAAUGGAAAGAAUAUGUUGGUGAGAAUGUAACCACUGAAUAACUGAGCUUUUAUUAGACAGGAGUGAGAAGUAAGUGUACUAUUGGUGAUUCUGUCGCUUAUGAAUAAUUCAUAAGUUCUGUAUGAACUAAUUACCCAUAAUACUCUGUAUAUGACACCAAAAGGAGAGCCUUAACAAUUAUUACUGCAAAAUGAAGAAUAAAAAAACUAUAAUAAAAUAUGGCCAUACCAGAACUUUUGACCAAAUGCUUGUCCAAAAUAAUUAUGCAGGUUUUUAUGCAAACACCCCACCCUGACCCUAUAUUUGAAUUUUUAAAGGUGAUCUCACCAAAUGCAAUGGAACUGUUUAAAAUAUCCUCUAAAUAUGUAUCUGAAUGUACAACAUGGUUUGCAAAAAUGUCAAUGUUCCAACAAAUAGACUUACAUGUAUGUGGAGAGGGAUGCAUGAAACGAAACACUGAACGAAACACCUCCCUCCCCUUAGAGCUUGUGAUUUACAGCACACAUUAGACCCGCUGGUUUUGUUGUGGUUCUUAGCAAAUGCAUUUCCAUUGCAACCACUGGAGCGUUUAAAGGCAACAUGGGACACUUGCAGUCUUUCUGCCCAGGUCAUGCAUUAGUCAUACCUGACAUUUAUGGUUCACAAUUAGCUUCCCAUAAUGUGUUUUCUGAGGAAGUAUCUAGUCUCUAGAGCAAAGCCAGAGCUAGCAAAACAGAAAAUAAUUUUUACGAAUAAGACUCUACUUUUAAUUCUUUUAAGCUAUUGCAGCUAGACAAAGCAUGAUAAAAUAAUAAAAUUAAUAUGUUGGUUACAAACUACAAAUUGACUGUCAUGAAUUGGCUUUCAAUGUCUCAACUGACCUCUUUUAUCAGUAACAUGAUACCAAUAAUAGUAUGAGACAGUUGUGAGAUAAGCCGCUCGCUCCCAACUGAAUCCAUGUUUUUCCUCAUGUGUUCGCGUCAUUUAAUUCUAAACGAACAGUGUCAGUGUCUGCCCUCCCUUGAUUGUGUAUCAGCCUGGCCCUUUUCUCCCCAUUUUACGUUUCCAUAGUGACUAGUCUUUCACAGAGAUCCAUUUUAUGCUAGUGCGUGCAGUUAAUAUGACCUACACUGUAUCAAUAGUGAGAGUAAAUGUGCAUUUUACCUUUGAUAGUUUUAAUUAUAAUCAGUUCUAUCUGCUUUUUUGUUUUGUAUUGUCCCUUAAUUUAGGGCUGUAUGGUUGGUAUCAAUCAACAAAUUGAAGAAAUCAGCUUCAAUUAAAACAAAAUGAGAAAGUAAAAGUGUUUAUACAAAAUGUCAGUGUUUUCUUAGUAUUGUGAUACUUUGAGUUUUUCUCAUUCAUCAAUUAGAAUAUGCUUGUAAGACAUUGACAACAAUGUAAAUACUGCAAAUUAAAGACAAGACACAGCAGUAUGAAAUAAAAGACA